UCAGCAUUCCUUUCAUCUCAACCAUCCAGAGAAAAUGUGGCAAACUGGGGAAUAAAAAGCAUGAGGAGACCCGCACAGAGGACACCCAUUUUUGGGGACAGUUUUGCUGUCAGAAACAAAGUGUCCAUCAAGUCUGUGACUCUCACACUGGCUGUGCAGACACCAGCAGGGCAGUCGGAGAGGCUCCUGCUGAUCCGCCUGGCCGGGGUGGAGCUGGCUCCAGGUGGCACAGCCUGGCUGCAGCGGGAGCUGCUCCCCAAACAGCCCCUGUGGUUCCAGCUGCUGGGGAGGGACAGCUCGGCCCUGGAGUGCCUCGUUCUAGUCCAUAAGGGUGGAUUUCUCAGCAUGUGCUUGAACGAAGAGCUCUUGAGGCAAGGGCUGGCCAGAGCAGCCCGGAUUGAGGGGCUGCCUCACCACUCCCGCCUCUACUGGAAACUGCACAAACGGCUCCUCCGGGCUGAGUUAAAGGCUGUGAAGAAAAAUAAAGGCAUAUGGAAAGACCAGAACUACUCUGAAAGAGUCCAGGAGCGCAUAAGCAGCAAUAAAUUCCUGCAGAGGCUGAAACAGUUUGUGAGCUGGGUUAGAAGCUCCACUGAGAGGUGAAAAGGUGGGGAGUGCAGGUCCCCAGUUUGUGGAAUUUGUGUAUGUUGGUGUUCACAAACAGUGCUGUGAUGUUGAGGGUCCCUGUCUCAAACACAAACCCCACAGUUAAUGGGUUACACAGAAUAUAAACCCCCAGUUCCUGGUUAUUUAGAAUGUAUCCCAUAUCACAACCCACAUGGAAGUUCAGUAGCAGCAUGCAGGCCACAAUGAAAAUGUUCUGAUGCCAAACCUCCACAGUGAUGUCCUGAAUUAGUUGUCCAGCUUCCCACCUGCUAAACUCCUCCAAGCUGUGCUGCCCAGUGCAGGUUUGAGGGGCAGAGACCUCUCACACCUCUAUAAUGUGCCAUUGCUGCCAAGACCACACUGGACAGAAACCCCAUGUCAGGCCUUUACAAAGCUCGUGGGAUGGGUUUAAACACAACCUUUUUGUUUGAAUUCUGUUCUUACACUACUUUUUGGUGUAAUUUGUGGUUUAAAACUCGUUCAUCUUGAAUAACGGGUUGCAUUGUUAGUGAUAUAAAAGGUGAUUUGUUUUGGCUGAUCUUAAAAAGCUGAUAAGGUUGUAAUAACUAAAGUUCCUCAGGGGAAAAAAAAUCACUUGGUGUAUCAAAGAAUAUAAUGUCAGGAAUCCAAAUUUGUCAAGGAUAGCUUUCAUUUGAAGAGGAAAAACCUGUGUUUCUUUCUGAUGGUUCUGUAAGUAUCUAAGAUUAGAUUAAUAUAAAACUUUAACAUGAAAUUUGACAAGGAGAAUCAGACUGUUCUAAGAACUUGGAUUUUUGCUUUAUUUUUGAUACACAUGUGAAGUAUAUGAGUAUUACUUUUUAUGUUGUAAAUAUUCACAAAAUAAAGAUUGAAUUUCUUAAGUUCA